CUCCAGCCCCCCUCUCCUGCUCUGGCCACCCCUCUCGCGCGUCUGAGCACCCCUCUCCCGCCCCUCUCUCUCUCUCUGUCCCUCUCCUCCUGCCCCGUUGCCCCAGCCCCCCUCCUCUCUCCUCCCGCGCUAGCUCCGCCCCGCUGGACCUCAGCUCAAUCGUGACGAUGGGCUCUCCUGUCAGUCGCGACGCGGACUCCGGCCCGAUGGCCUCCGACCGCCAGCGCUCGCUGUCUCCGGGGGAUGACAGUGGUGACGAGCCGCGCCGGGCUUCCGGCCGUGGUCAUCACCGCAGCCGCUCUCCAUCGGCCUCCCGGUCUCGGUCUCGGUCUCGGUCGCGGUCCCGGUCGCGGUCUCGCUCGCGGUCCCGGUCUCGCUCGCGGUCCCGGUCUCCUGUCCGCCACUCUCGGCGCCGGUCCCCUGCCUCUCCCUCACGGUCACGGUCUCGCUCGCCUCCGCGGUCGCGCGCUGCCUUCCGGUCGCGCUCGCGCUCUCCCCCAGGUGGCGUGGACCGCCUUCGCCGGACACCGGCCCUGUCGUCGAUUGUUGGAGGUCCCCAGCACAAGCGCCCCCUCCGGGACGCCUCUCCAGCUCGCGAGGGCCAUCCGCGUCUUGUGCGCGAUGAGCAUCCGGACACCUCUCGGCGUUUGGAUCAGGAUGCUGUCAUCGAGCGCGUGUCCGAAACAUACAAUCGCGACAUGGCCGCCUGGGCACAGAACCAAAGCCGCACCGGCGGUGUGUACAUGCCGCCUGGCAAGCUGGCCCAGCUGCGUGUGCAGAACCUGGCAGCCACGAGCGACCCCUCCUCCGAGGUGUACCAGCGCCUGGCCUGGGAGGCUCUGCGCAAGUCCAUCAACAGCGCCUUCAACAAGGUGAACGUCUCCAACAUUCGGGAGAUCGUGGUGGAGGUCAUCCGCGAGAACCUCGUUCGCGGUCGAGGCCUGUUUGCCCGAGCGGCCAUCAAUUCCCAGCAAGCGGCCCCGGUCUUUACCCCGGUCUAUGCGGCCCUCGUUGCUGUGGUCAAUUCCAAGCUCCCGGCCAAUGGCGAGCUGGUGCUCAAGCGCCUUGUGAUGAACUUCCGGCGCUCCUUCCGUGCCAAGGAUACGGUUGCCUGCUUGGCCACGGUCCGCUUCAUCGCACACUUGGUCAACCAACGCGUGGCGGAUGAGAUCACCGUGCUGGAAAUCCUGCGCCUGCUUCUGGAGGACCUGACCAACGAGUCGACGGAGAUUGCCGUGGCUCUGAUCCGCGAAUGUGGCCAGCUGCUGGAAGCCGAGGCUCCGAAGGCCUUCCACUUCAUCCUGGACCGGAUGCGCUCGAUCUUGCACGAAUCGGCCGUCGACAAGCGCGUCCAGUACAUGAUCGAUGCCUUGAUGCUGGACUAUCGUGAUGGCUUUUCCCAGUUCCCCAUCAUCCCCAAGGAGUUGGACUUGGUGGAGGAGGAUGACCAAUUCACGCAUCGAGUUUCGCUGCUCGACAAGACCCUCACCACGGAGGAUGGGCUGAAUGUCUUCAAGUUCGACCCGGACUUUGUGCAAAAUGAGGCCUCUUGGGCGGCCGUGCGUAAUGAACUCCUCGGCGGCGACUCCGACGACGAUGACGACGAUGACAGCGACGGCAGUGAUGACGACAGCGACGAGGAGGACGACGAGGAGGAGCUCCAGCCUGACGUGCCGCUCGGCAGUGCCGCACCGCAGGAAAUCCGCGACGAGUCCAACACCAACAUCCAAAACCUCCGGAAACAGAUCUACCUGGUCAUUCAGUCUUCGGCCACGGCGGACGAGGCUGUCCACAAGCUGCUCAAAAUGAAUCGCAUCCGUGGUCUGGAGAACAUCUAUGUCAGCCUCAUUAUUGAGGCUUGCUCACAGGAGAAGAGCUAUCAGCGCAUGUUCGGCAUCAUCGGCCAGAAGUUCUGCCUCUCGAGUCGCCACUGGCAGGAGCUCUUUGAGCUGGCCUUCGAGGAGCAGUAUGAGACUUGCCACCGGCUCGACACCAGCCAGGCCCGAAAUGUGGCGCUCUUCUUCUCGCACCUUUUCAUGACAGACGCCAUCAACUGGGCGUGCAUGCACGUCUUUUCCAUCACUCGCGAGGCCGCCGACGCGGCCAAGCGCAUUUUCAUCAAGACCGUUUUCCUUGACCUCGCCGAGAAGAUGGGUCUGCAGGAGUUGAACGAUCGCAUUUGCGACCCGGUCCUUGAGGCCGCCUUCACCAACCUCUUCCCUCUCAACCACCCGAUGGACUUGCGGAACACCAUCAACUUCUUCACCUUCAUCGGCCUUGGUGCCCUUGUCGAGGGCAUGCGUGCGAAUCUCCUCCAGCAGGUUCGUCUCGAGCAGGAGCGUCGCAUGCGCGUGGCCGAGAUGCAGGCAUCCAGCGAUUCCUACGACAGCGACUCGGGCAGCGACUCGGACUAG